UUCCUGUUGUUACAAACAUGGCCGCGCCCUUCGAGCUGCAUGCUUUUAGGCACUGGUGAAAUCUGUAGUGAAUGUUUUACUUAUGUACAAACUGGAAUUUUUCUUCUGCGUUGUUACGUGAAGAUCGGGGCUGCCAUGAAAAGAAAAUUUCAGCACAAUCGGAAGGGAAAGAAACAUGUUGAUGUUCUGCGAAAGCUUACCGAGUCAGUGGAGGAGUUUGUAAGAAAAGAAGGAAAAUCUGGAGGUGUCGGGGAUGAGGAGAAAACUUUCAAGGGAAUCUCCAUGUUCAGUGUCAAGAAGAAAAGCAGGAAAGAGUUAAGACGAGAGAAAAGAAAAGCAAAAAAGAUAAAAAGGAAAACUUACUGCGAAGGUAAGCGCACGGGAAGCAUUAAAGCGGUGGAGACGGAGUUGAAAAAGCGAGGAAAGGCGAGAUCGCCACAACGAAAAGAAUUCAAUGAGGUGGAAAAGAGCAUUCCGACAUCAUCCGAGUUGAUUCGCAGCAAAGUUAAAGGUAAAGCGGUAGAGAAGGGUCAGAAGAAAAGCACGAAAUUGGAGAGUAGUAAGAGGGAUGAGCAGCUGAAGACGAAGAAGAAAAGUGGAGGGCGAUUACUCGAAACGAGGAGGCUGGCGCUCCUGGAAGCUAAUGCUGAAGAGGACAGGGAAAUUAAAAGGCUGGAAAAACAGCUAAGACUGAACAAGCGCAAGAACAAAAAGAGUCUGCCCCAGUCUUUUGUGGCAGAUGGUCUGGACUACGUCUUGGGGAUCCUAGAACCGGGGGCUGCCGGUUCGGGGCUGUACGAGAGCGAUGAGGAAACUGAGGCGAUCGGUGGGACACUGAAUGAACUUGUGGGUGACGGCUAUGACCAGAAAGAGUCUGAGGAAUCGGAAAUGAAAUCUGACCCUGAAGAUUCAGAACUGUCAGAGAAUGAGGAGACGGGGGAAUCUGAUGUUGACGGAUGGGAAGAAUUUAAGCAGGAAGAUUCAGCUCCAUCAGUAGAAGAGCAGAACAUUCUAACGACAACAUGUGAACAGGAAGAAAGCAAGGGCUUUCCCAGUGCCCAAGGAGAAAGUGAAGAUAUCGAAAUGAAUUCAGGACAGGAAGGCACAACUGAAAAAUACAUUCCUCCUCAUCUGCAGAGGUCAGCUGAGACAGUUGAUUCUAAAAGAAGAGAAGAGCUUGAUAGACUUAAGAGAAGUGUGAAAGGUCUGAUAAACAGAUUGAGCGAAGCCAAUAUUGUUUCUAUCAGCAGUCAAUUUGAGGAGCUUUACAUGGCACACAGUCGAAAAGACAUGAAUGACACGCUAACAGAUGUUCUGUUGGUGAGCUGUGUAAUUCCUAGUUUGAUGCCUGCCCGUUUGCUGAUGGAGCAUGUACUACUUAUAAGUAUUCUUCAUCACACUGUUGGAAUGGAGGUUGGUGCACAUUUUUUAGAAACUAUUGUCCGCAAAUUUGAUGUUUUUCAUCUGAGUUCCAGUGAAGGAAAAGAAAGUGACAAUCUUCUUGCCAUGAUAGCACAUAUGUACAAUUUUAAUAUUGUGCACUGUGUGUUAAUGUUUGACAUUCUUAAGAAACUUCUGAAGACUUUCACAGAGAAGGAUAUAGAACUGAUUUUGUUCUUGCUAAAAAAUGUUGGAUUUUCAUUGAGGAAAGAUGAUCCAUUAGCCCUUAAGGAGGUAAUUUCUGAAAUCCAGUGCAAAGCAGGAAGUUUGGCACCCAGAAUGCAAGAACAGCCAAGGGUGCGCUUUAUGCUGGAGACACUGCUUGCGCUGAAGAACAAUGACAUGAGGAAAAUUCCAGGCUAUGAUCCAGAGCCAGUGGAUAGACUGCGGAAGUUACAGAGGACAUUGAUUCACAAUAAUGCAAGUGGAAGUGAUGUUUGUUUGCGAGUAACACUUGACAGCCUACUGACUGCUGACCAAGUGGGCCGUUGGUGGAUCGUAGGGUCAUCGUGGAGUGGGGCCCCAAUGUUAAAUGCAUCUGAUAUUAAAGACAAAGAGAUUAAAUCCGUCGGAAAGGCAAGUGCAAAAAUUCUAGAGCUUGCCCGCAAACAGAGAAUGAACACUGAUAUCAGAAGAAAUAUUUUCUGUGUCCUGAUGACUAGUGAGGAUUUUCUAGAUGCUUUUGAAAAGCUUUUAAGACUUGGAUUGAAAGAACACCAGCAAAGAGAAAUUGUACAUGUCCUUGUGGACUGUUGUUUGCAAGAGAAGUCAUUCAACCCUUAUUAUGCUGUGCUGGCAGAGAAGUUUUGCGGCUAUGAUCGACAGUUUCAGAUGACAAUUCAGUUCACCAUGUGGGACAAAUUUCGUGAUCUGACCAAUCUAUCAAGUCCUGCCUUUUCUAAUCUAGUCAAUCUUUUGGUUCACUUCCUGAAAAAGGCGUCCCUUUCCUUGUCAGUACUGAAGAUUAUAGAGUUCAGUGAACUCGAUAAGGUGAAAGUCCGUUUCCUCCGCCAGGUGUUGAGUAAACUUCUUACUGAAAGUGAACCAGAAGACCUGAUCAGUAUAUUUGGAAGAAUAUCUGGAAUUGCCAAACUUACAAUGUUACGAGAAGGCUUGAAGCUUUUUAUCAGUCACUUUCUAUUGAAAAAUAUGCAGAUCCUGGGAACAGCUGAACAGGCAAAUCUAUUAAGAGAAAGGGCAACUUUGGCAGAAAAAGCCCUGGAAGCCAAGUAUGCCAAACUGAAGCUUUAAGGGGCAAUUGUUUCUACCGUCACAACGAAAAUUCCGUCAAUUUGGACUCUUUGAGUUUUGUAGGUUUAAGUAACUGAUGUGUAUAUUAUACCUUGUGUGACAUAAUAAUUAUGUGAAAGAUUUAUGUGUCUUAAAUUAAAAAAUGCCUAAGGAAGGACAACUUUGUAACUCUUUUGAAUCUACAUUUUGAGUUAUUUUCCAGGUAUGUUCAUAUUUUGCAAGACAAAAUGGGAAAAAAAUGGAAAUUCUUAAAUGUAUAAAUUGGAAUUAUCAAACUGCUUAAAAAUGCAUGGUUUGAAAAUGUUUAUAUUGCUUUAAAAGUUAUAUCAUUAGAGAUUCUAAUAUUUAUGUAAAUAUAUCUUGCAUUUUCUGUAACAUGUAAAACAAAUUACAGUUGGCGAGUAAUAUAGGCAGAACUGUAAGCUUGCUGU